GAAAUGUACUGUAUAGUUGGGGAAUUCAUGUGGAGGUCAGAGUGGAAGCAGGUGUGAGAGGGUCCAGCAGAAGAAAACAUGGCUGCCAAAGUGUUUGAGUCCAUUGGCAAGUUUGGCCUGGCCUUAGCUGUUGCAGGAGGCGUGGUGAACUCUGCCUUAUAUAAUGUGGAUGCUGGGCACAGAGCUGUCAUCUUUGACCGGUUCCGUGGAGUACAGGACAUUGUGGUAGGGGAAGGGACUCACUUUCUCAUCCCAUGGGUACAGAAACCAAUUAUCUUUGACUGCCGUUCUCGACCACGUAAUGUGCCAGUCAUCACUGGUAGCAAAGAUUUACAGAAUGUCAACAUCACACUGCGCAUCCUCUUCCGGCCCGUCGCUAGCCAGCUUCCUCGCAUCUUCACCAGCAUCGGAGAGGACUAUGAUGAGCGUGUGCUGCCAUCCAUCACAACCGAGAUCCUCAAGUCAGUGGUGGCUCGCUUUGAUGCUGGAGAACUAAUCACCCAAAGGGAGCUGGUCUCCAGGCAGGUGAGCGACGAUCUUACAGAGCGAGCAGCCACCUUUGGGCUCAUCCUGGAUGACGUGUCCUUGACACAUCUGACCUUCGGGAAGGAGUUCACAGAAGCGGUGGAAGCCAAACAGGUGGCUCAGCAGGAAGCAGAGAGGGCCAGAUUUGUGGUGGAAAAGGCUGAGCAGCAAAAAAAGGCAGCCAUUAUCUCUGCUGAGGGUGACUCCAAGGCGGCUGAGCUGAUUGCCAACUCACUGGCCACUGCAGGGGAUGGCCUGAUCGAGCUGCGCAAGCUGGAAGCCGCGGAGGACAUCGCGUACCAGCUCUCACGUUCUCGGAACAUCACCUACCUGCCAGCGGGGCAGUCUGUGCUCCUCCAGCUGCCCCAGUGAGGGCCCACCCUGCCUGCACCUCCGCGGGCUGACUGGGCCACAGCCCCGAUGAUUCUUAACACCGCCUUCCUUCUACCCCCACCCCAGAAAUCACUGUGAAAUUUCAUGAUUGGCUUAAAGUGAAGGAAAUAAAGGUAAAAUCACUUCAGAUCUCUAAAAAAAAAAAAAAA